UCGACGGUAUCAAAAAACAGCGGUCAAAAUAUAUAUUCGCGUUUCUUUUUCUUAAUUAUGAAAACUAGUAUAAUAGGCUAUGUCUUCUCAACAUUUGAGUAUUGAAGGCGGCUUUCUUGAUGUUUACGUUACUGCGUUUCUUUAGUGGCUUGACGCUCUUGGAGUUUUCAAAGUUAUGCAGAUGCCGUAGUCUUGCAAUUCCGUGUCACUGUCACAAUAUCUUUAACUCUGCGUCAAGUUUUCGCACAUGCUGGAGCUGCAGCAGGUUAGUAAAAGACCUAGCUUUCUUUUGUGAAUGUGGAAAAGUGCAGCCGGUUAGUUCUAAUUGGUCCUAUUUCGAUGUUCUGGGUUAUCCAAAUCCGGAACCUGUGAUAGAUGUAAUCGAGCUAGGAGAUCGGAUGCGACAAACCCAGAAAUUGCUGCACCCUGACAAAUUUAGUGCAAAAACACAAUAUGAAAAAGAACUUGCUUCAGAUGCGUCAGCCUAUGUAAACAAAGCAUACAGCUGUCUGCAAAGGCCUGUUGAACGUUACGAAUAUCUCCUUCAUCUUCACGGUGUAUCAACUGAUGACGUAGAUUUCAGAAAAUCGGAUGAUACGGAAUUUUUGUCAGAAGUAAUGAACAUAAGGGAGAAGGUUGAGGAGGUGAUUCACGAUGUUUCGAAUCUCAGUCGUUCUGAGAAAACAGUUAGCGGAUUGUCUGAUACCAUUAGUGAGCUUGUUGGUGAACUUCGUCAAAGGUUAGAUGAUGAAGAAAAGAUAAUAAUCAGUUUGAUUUCAAAAUCGGACUGGGCUGGUGCGCUAAUAUCUCUUUCAAGGUUCAAAUAUAUUCUGAAGGUAUUCGAGGAAUUACGGGAGUAUGAAACUGCCUGGAAACAGCUUGGUAUCAAUGUAACGACAACGUAAAAAUAGUUCAUUCAUAGACUAAGGUUCUGUCUUACUUACUUUGCUUGUCUCCUUUUUUAUUUGACUGACUAAGAGAUCUUUAUUGUUUUAAUAAAGCUUUAAAAAUUGUUGCUUUUCAGAAAUUCUGUCGUUCUUAGUUAUGCUAAGUUAUGAAGUUCUCAUAUUUCAAGAAAACCUGUUACCAACAGAACAGACUUUGUUUAUGCUAAACACGAAACAUUGAUUAUGUUUAAUAGAAAUAUGUAGUUGGUUUCUUGACAGUUUUAUUUGAAUGUUCAUUUUUUUGCAUCAUUCAUGAUACCAACUUGGAAUGAGGUAAAACUGAUAAGCAGGCUGUUUUUAUCCAUGUUAUUGUUCCGAAUGUCUAUUGACUUGAUGUUUCAGGAGUACAGGCUAGGGACUAACAAGUUUAACGUCUCGGAUCACCUGUAUAGUCGAUUGUCUGACACCAUUAGUGAACUUGUUGGUGAACGUCAUCAAAG